AUGCAUUUGAAAAAGGGGAAGAGGAGUAUUAGCACAGUAUGGCGACUUUUAUGGAAGCGUUUUUAUUCCGUAAACUCUAAGACGAAUAUGCAUUUUUCUCGAAGUAGGAAGAAACCAGUGACAAACUUCACAAGGACAAACGGACUUCUCCUGAGCUGUAAUGGUGAUACAUUCCCAUAUCUGCGUACACUGUGGAGAUACUUCAAUGCGCCUGGUAAUUUGAUGUUUGUCACAACUAAUAUUGUCGCAUUUAUGGGCAUUGUUACGUAUAAUACGCUGGUUACUAUCAGCAGUGAAAGAGCAUUCGAAGAGCAGAUGAUGGCGGCACAGGUGAGCCUGGCGAAACAGAGAGAAGAGCUCGAGACUACGGCCCUCAGCUUGCCACGAGAUAUUGAAUUGAGGGGUGAAGAAGAUGAUAUUAAAUGGGAGCAACCUGAUGUAGCACAUGUCCGGGAAGAUCCCUUAGUCGAGGAGCAGAACGCAAAGUUAGACACCCCUAUAAAACAGUAUACUUUAGGAGAUUUGAUUUUGAAUAAGAGGGAAAAUGUCACUGAUUAUGACUCGCAGCGUGCGAAGGCAUCUAUAUUCCACAUGCUAUAUGCUUAUAUGCUGUAUCGAGAUGUUAUUCAACCCACGACCAUGACUCAAAAUAACAACAGCGAGGAAUGGCGGCGUGAAGUCGAGCUUUUGACUAAGGGAAAAGAGGUACAAGGUACUCAUCGAAGGAUAGACGUGUUCUACGACCUGUGGAAUAAAAAUUUCGAUAAGAUAGUGACAUCACCUGAGAAAGUGCAGAAUUUUCAACUGCCGAACUGGUCUAAAUACCCAACGAUAUUGAAAUUCAUCUGCACAGAACUUCACGACAACAGUUUGAAGACCUUGGGUGAGUUUAAGCAAUUCUAUGGAAAGGUGCGAUCUAACGAGGUAAAAAAACUGUUGGGUCUUUGGCUGUACGACCAUUCCUUCCUUUUCCCCCAUAAUAUCUACGACAACAGAACCGAAGAAGAUUUUUACGAUAUAUUAAUUAAUGACUCCAUGCAGGAUAACAGGAUAUUCCAGAAAUACUCUUCAAUUGUAAUGAAUCCCUACAACGAACGUACUCAACUUUUUUUCCCUAAUGUAAAUUCUCCAUCUGUCAACAAGCCAGUACCGAGCAUAUCUCUGGAAACAUACACACGACUACUCAAGGGAUAUAUCAACUUGCAAGAAACAGGCUGCAAAUACGACUAUAAUGACAAUAUAUUCAAACUAAUCAGCAUCCUCAAACUAAAUUGUUUCCUACAACGCAACAAGAAGAAACACGCAGGGCCAACCGUCAGAAUCCUACUGCCGAGAGAUGAAGACCGCUCUCAAAUACUUGGUACCAUUUCGCAGGCAGAGAAGAGAACCUGUUAUCAAAUUCUAAGCAAAAAUAGGGACGUGGUUGCGCUGCUGAAACGCAUUUCUGAUAUCCAGGCGGACUCUUCUUAA